GAAACCUCGGAUCCGAACACAAGUUUUAUCAGUGGUUCAAUCAUAUUGGUGAAGUGUGUAGUGUCAAACAUUUCUCUCUGUUGUGAUGCAUUAAAACGCGGUACUAUACAGUGACAUGGAAGUGGAGGUGGUGUUCGCGUAUGAACCUCAGCAUGAUGACGAGUUGGUGCUCAGUGUGGGAGACCUCAUCACUGAUGUCACUCGCCUCGAGACCGGCUGGUUCCAGGGCAAACUCCGCGACACCACCGGCGUCUUCCCCGAUAACUUUGUCAAGGUGCUGUCGAAGGAGCCCAAGACUGACUCGGCGGAGACCAGCGCGACCACACCUCCCCAUGUACAGAAGAGAGGUGUGUCGUUGAGGGCGGGGCGACACAGUGUAGACCAGAGCUCACAGAUGGGAGGGCGCCGGUGUAGGGUGGUGUUCAGCUACAACCCGCAACACGACGACGAGCUCACCCUGUGUGUCGGCCAGACCAUCACCAUCCUCCAGGAGGUCGAGGAGGGCUGGUGGAAAGGGGUGCUUGAUGGACAGGUCGGCAUGUUUCCUUCCAACUUUGUAGAAGACGUCGCCGAGGAGGAGCUUACACCCAAGAACACCGAGUCAGAUCUUGAGAAUAUUAACAAUCAGCUUAAUAUCAAUGGUGAUGGCAAAGAAAUAAAACCGAAACCCAUUCAGGGAAUGGGCUAUGGAGUUAAGCUUACUGACUUGAAGAAAGAAGGGACCACCAAAAAAGAAUCUGAGAACUCCACAAGUAAUGGGUCGGCAAAAAUCCUUGGAUCAUCAGGGUCUUCAGCAUUUCAGCCGGUUCACAAGACAAAAGAAGCUCCUAGAGAAAAUGGUCAAGUGAAGGAGUUUCGGGACCUACCUCACAGACUUCCUCCAGCACUCGAGCCUAAAACAGAGAGAGUUACUUCAAAAACAGAUAAAACCCGAAUUAAUGCUGCUGACAAAGAGCGCAUCAACUCGCUUGAAAAAGACAGAACUAACCCCAUUGUUGAAGAUAAAAAUAAGGUUGAACAAAAUGGCAGAAGGGAACUUCCUAUAUCAGUUGCAAGUACUAUUCCACCCCAGCUGCCACCACCUCAGUUACCUCCCAAGCCUGUGCGGGAAAUAGCACGGGUCAUGUUCCCAUACGCAGCAGAACAUGAAGACGAGUUAGAGCUGAAGGAAGGAGACAUAAUCACUGUUCUUUGCAAGGAGCUUGAAGACAAAGGCUGGUGGAGAGGAGAACUUAACGGUCACAUCGGAGUCUUCCCAGACAACUUUGUGGAGCUGAUGAGUGUGGAGGAAACGGCUAAACCUCCUCGACCAGAGAAGCCUGCAGCUGUGUUGGCCAAGAAGGGAUCACCAAACAGCUCGGCAGACAGUACUCCAACAGGAACACUUAAUAAGUCAGAUAAAGAGCCACCACCACCACUUCCAGAGAAGAAAGUCCAGCCUCCUCCACCUCCAGAGAAGAAGCCACCAGUCCAGUCCAAUUCCAUACCUGAUGCUCAUGACGGUAGUCCCACUCCCAGGGACCAUACAGAGAUUGGAAUGCCAAAAUUUUUAAAGAAAUCUGUCCCAAAAGAGAGCUCUGAUAAAUCGGACGAGUCUAGCUUAACUUUGGAUACGGAUGGAGAGAAGCUGAAGCAUGUCACUCAUCUCCGUCCCAAGGGUCCACCACGAAGACGACCACCUUCAGGCAUAUUCAAAGACAAUAUGAAAAACCAAAACACCGCAGAUUCUGACCCCCAACUACCCCCCACACCCGAAGACGAAGUUGACAGUGACACAGCUCCGCAGACCAAUGGUCACCUCGGUGUGACUGAACCUGCCCGGAGUCCCAGUGUUUCCUUAGCUUCACCAACCAGUUCAAAAGCCACAGUUGAGUUACGAUCCCGUCCUGAGCCACUGCCAAGACCUGAAUCAACAAAUUCAGUUCCGUGGCUACAAGAACUUCGACAAAAUCAAAAACAAAAGAAGAGACUGUCUGGUAUACUUCUCCCUGAAGGUGAAGGUGCCCCUGCUCCAGCACCUGUAAUGUCUUCCAAGCCUGCAAUGUUACCUCAGAAACUAGAAGACAAACCUGCUGCCAAACCUCCAAAGCCCUCUAUGGGCUCGUCUGAUGCGCCUGCUGCCACUACUAGGUCCAAGCCAACAGAAGCUCCUCGUCUGCCAACACCAGAUUAUGAUCACAAACCUCUUGUAUCCCAGUUUCCUACUUCUAAAAAUAAACCACUGCCUGCCACACCCUUAGGUGUUACGUCCAUGGAAAACAAGAGAUUGAUAACCAACACUGAUACACGAAUAUCAGUGACACUGUCUCCAGAAAACAAGAAGCCUUCCUCUACCAUAGAUACUAAAGAUAACAAGAUGUCAACUUCAGACAGUGGAAAUUAUGUAGAAGAAAAAAUAGACGCUUUAUAUAAAGAGCUACUUCCUAAAAUUAAAGCAUUAGAAGAUCGCUUAGAGGAUCAACGAAAGGAACAAGCUCGACGAAUGCAAUCACUCAUGCAUGAAUUAGAUGAGGAACGUAAAAAGCGUGCUUGCAUGGAAGUUGAAAUGGAAAGAUUGCGGAAGCUUGUAGAUGCAUAUGCUCAAGUUUAGGUGUGAAAUGUUGAGCACUUGUACUUUAAUGUAAUUCUUACCUAGAAUUAAUGAGAGUAUACUACACAUACUGUAAUGACAUCUGCCUUUGCUGAGGCACUCAUAAUUUGGACACUGACAUGAUCUGUUUUAGGAUUCUGGGUCUUCCUUAUAACCUGGACAAUAUCUUUCCUGCUCUUAAAUGGCAGGCGUUGAUUAUACCUGGAACCCACUGUGUCGGGUUUACGGUCCAUGUGUGUGUGUGUAACCCUUUAUUUCUUAGUGAAAAGAAGAUUUUUAAGUAUAUGAUAUGUGAAAUUGCUAAAAUUAUGGUUAUGUAAGAACAUUGUGCAGUAUGCGAGACCGUGUGGUGUAAAAUAGUAUACAAAUAAGUAAAUUGUCACUGCCUGCAUGUGUUUCUGUGGUCUGAUGAAUGCUAUAUAGUCAUUUGUGAAUGAAUUGGGUUGUUGAUCUUAUGAAAACUUUCUUAAUUUGAUACUACUGAAUGUGAGAAGUGUGGUAGCAGACAUUCUGCUGUCACUUGUUUGUCUGUUGUCAGUAAUGCAGUAUCCUGUGCUGUGUAACUCGUGCGUGUUUUCAGACUAGCGCAUAAUUGCUACAGUAAAAAAUAAUUUUCUAUUGAACCAAAAAUGAUUGAUGUAUGAAUUGAGGAUGCAUGAUAGAUCUCAUAGGAGUGAAGUAGAAGAAAUUUUUCAAACUAAGCUAUCACAUUUUGAAAGUGGGUGCUUUGGAGGCUGCAGUAAGCUGAUUUGCAGGUAUACGUGCCAUGAUAUCAUACAGAUUUUGAGAGUUGCUCCUUGUACAGUAGUCACUAGUGAUGGGAACCGAAUUAGAUCUACAGAAUACCUCCAGAUAGUGUCAAUAACAGACUUUUACUGAAUUCCGAGUAAUUUAUUUUUAAUGGCAUCUUUACUUAUCACGUGAAGAAUGGACAGGUACUAAUUUUGGAGUAUGUAAUACAGUAGUACAAUAGUAUAAAUUACUUUUAAUGCAACAGUAUUUAGAAUCAUCCAGGUUGGCAAAAUAGUACAGAUUGUACAGCCAGAUGUAUACACAUGAAUGGCAAUAAUGUACAGAUUUGCUUCAUGUCAAGUACAAAGCUAAUUAUUUUAAUGUGCUUGUUUGCAUGAAACUUAUUUUGGAAAAAAAAGAAAAAAAAUGUGAAGAGAAAUAUACAGUACAUGCAUAAUAAUUUUUAAUAAAUUAAAUUUUUCAAACUAAUUUCCUAGAAAACAAGAUAACUUUUCUUCAGUUAUACUUCCUUGCCAAGGUAUAUAUUGGCAUUGAUGACAGCCAGACAAAAAUUAUUGAUAUAAAUACUUUACAAAGGAUAUAAAACAAUGGUACGUUUGCCGUUUUUAAUGCUGUAGGUGCUUGAGUAAUUUGUCCGCACAGUAUUAUAUGUUUCACAUAAACCAUAAAUUCUAAAAAUAUCAAAACUAAAUGCUUCGGUGGGUAAACAUAUCACGUGUGUUUAGUUGACAUGCCGUACCUGGAUGUGAGCUAGUUGAGUAAGUUUAUAGGGAGGAUACUGUACAUUGCAUUUUUCUAAUAUACGAUCUAGGGACAUGAUUUUUAUAAAUAUAGGACAUUAAGAGAUUUGUACAGUCAAAUGUUGUACUUAAAGUGACAGUAAUAGUAAGUAGAGGAAACUUGCUGAAAACUGCCAUUUGCAUCUGGUUAUUAGUAAUAUAUUUUUCUUUAUUUGAUAUGUAUAUUAUUUAUCUUUGUACUGUUAUCUGUGCUAUCUAAGAAUGCCUCACAUUUUACAUGUAUAUAUGCACCAAAUAAUUUUCUUUGAUAAAUUAUGACAGGAAUUAUUUGUAUAUGUUGAGAGUAAAGUUUUUCAACAUAAAGACUAUUGUAUGCUGUUACUGUAUGUACUUGAAUGGCCAUCAGUGUUUUGUGCCAUGCAUAUGUUUUGUUGCCUUCAUUAUUAAUGCAACAUUUAAUGCUGCUGCCUCAAAAUACAGAGCUUUCAAGCCUUGUCAAAUUUCCAGCAGUAGCCUAACGGCUUCAGCUGUGACCAUUUAUUUUUGUAUCACUUUCUUUUCUAUGGGC